UUAUCUGUCAUUGCUGCUGUGCAGUUACACUUUCCAGUAUGAGUUUGGUCUUUGAAAUCUGGAUUUUACUCUGAUGGCGACAUCUAUAAGAAGAUCUAAGUCUCUCGCCGUGUCCGUUGAAAGAAGAGUCAUGUGUCGAGUGGAAGUCAGUGAUAUGGCUUCUGGAGAACCCAACUGGCCAGUUCCAAUGAAGGCGAUUGGUGCUCAAAACCUACUGACAAUGCCUGGUGGAGUCAGCAUUUCAGGAUACUUGCACAAAAGAGGAGGAAAGCAGCUGCAGCUCUUUAAAUGGCCCUUACGAUAUGUUAUUAUACACAAAGGAUGUGUGUACUACUUCAAAACCAGCACCUCAACAUUCUCACAAGGAGCCUUCUCACUAAAUGGCUACAACAGGGUAAUGCGGGCAGCAGAAGAGACCACGUCUAAUAAUGUUUUCCCAUUCAAGAUGGCGCACAUUAGCAAAAAACACCGAACAUGGUACUUCUCAGCAGCAUCUGAAGAUGAGCGGAAGAGAUGGAUGCUAGCCCUGAGGAAGGAGAUAGAUCAUUAUCAUGAGAAGAAAGAAACGAUUACAGACCUGAGUGAGAGUGGCUCCGACUCAGACAGCUUCUACGGGUCAGUGGAGCGCCCCGUCGCUAUUAAAUACGUCCACAAUCCAGCAGAUGAUAGCUGGCAGGAUGAUGAAGAUGAUGAUGAGGAGGACUAUGUAAAACCAGAUGCCAUUGAUGAUGGUGCGCCAAGCUAUCCACCACCACCAGUUCCAAGAGGAAAGGCUGAUCCAAGGGAACCAAAGGCUGAAGAACAGCAAAUUAGGCAUUUUAUACCCGUUGCUGGAAUGCCAAAGCCACCUCCUCCAGCACCCACAAAGGUGAUAUCUAAUUCAGAUCUCAAAUGGCCAAGGAAGGAUUCUACAGUUCCAUUCAAGUUUGACCCAGAUGUGAAGCCUCCACCAAUCCCUCCUUUUUCACCAGCUCACAAACCAUUUGAGUUUAAACCUCCACCUCCUCUGCCAAUAAACAAUGCAACUGACUGGGCUGUUAAACUACCAACACGGCCCAGUAUGGCCUCUUCAGGCUUCUCCAUGUCCUGUGACAUAAACCCACCAUCUUUUCAAUCUCCAUCACAGAGGAGGGAUUCUUCCGUUUCUAGCUCUAAAAAUGAACUCACAAACUGUCUAACUUCAAAUGAAUUGCACAGUAUUCCCCCAAAUUCUAUGAUAGGAAAUAAACAGUUAAAAGAGGAACUGUGUAACCUAUUAAGAAAACCACCUUCUCCACCUGCAACAUUAAAGCCUGCUGCACUUGCUAAUGAAAAAUUGCCUAGGCACUUACCAGCUCCUUUACCACCAAGUAAGCCUAGCCACAUGCCAGCUCCUGUAACGCCAAGCACGCCUAGCCACAUGCCAGCUCCUGUAACGCCAAACAAGCCUAGCCACAUGCCGGCUCCUGUACCACCAGGCAAGCCUAGACACAUGCCAGCUUCCAUACUACCAAACAAGCCUAGCCACAUACCACCUCCUGUACCACCUGCAAAACCUCCAUACCUGUCUAGAAGUACGGAAGACAACAUCCCCCCACUUAUUCCAAGAGCCAAACCAAACAUUCCAAUUAAUGAAGACAAAUCCUUGGAGCCCUCAAGCUCUCUAAUGAAAACUGGACCCAUUAGGCCACCUCUUGUCAUAUCCAGGGUACGCCCACCAAAACCAGAUACUGAGAAUAUUGGAUUCUCACCAAUGCUGAGGUCACCACCCGAUGGUCAGAGCUUUAUAGAUAAAACCAUGGACACUCCCGUUCGACCAGGAAGGUCAAGAGAUGUGGAUGAGGGAAGUGACAGUGACGAUGACUAUGAAAAGGUAUCGCUGCCUCCUUCGGUCUUUGUGGAUACAUGUGAAUCCUUUGAUGUCGAGAGGAUGUUCAAAGCUAUGGCUAUCACAGGAAACCCCCUGAAUGGACUCUUCUGCAUCAGAAACUCUGCAAAGGCCGGAAAGGUCAUUGUGGUAUGGGAUAAAGAAGAUGGGAAGACGAGAAACUACCGAAUAUUUGAAAAGGACACCAAAGUUUACCUUGAGGGCCAAAUACUGUUUACAGAUAUCUCAGCUUUGGUAGAACACUAUUAUAGGAGCCCAUUACCUGGCCACAAUACUCUAGUUCUAAAACACGCCUAUGGGUGUAUGAAUGGCCCCAGGUGAAAAAAACGGCCGUUAAAGAUAAUGGAAUCGUUAUUCAGACUAUAGUCUUCAAACUGCGUGUUGGGAUUUGCCAAGA